AUUUGGCUACUACACCACACCACUAGCAAAAUCCUACAAAUUAAAUGGGAAAGAAGGGGGAUGAAAUCUUCCUUCACCUGCCGGAAUAUUUGAAGAACAUCUGAGGUGGAAAAUAACUCCUUUUUAGUCUUCAUAGUCUUGUCAUCGUCCAGUAACUGCCAAAAAAGACCAACACCAGAGACCAGUUCCAAUCUUCAAAUACACCAAAGAGCCUGAGUCCCUACAGGCAUCUCAUCUCAAUGAUGGCUUUUGUGGCACCACCACUCUCAUGCCAUCCCCUGCCCAAACCGAACACCAAACAUUCCCUUCACUCAAUCUUCACUCCAAAACCAAACGCCUCACUUUCUUUCUGUGCCACUCAAACCCACCAAAGAGAACCUCUCACUUCACCUCACAACUCACUUUCCCAACCCAAUUUGCUCCAAGAGAUCAACAAUCUCUGCGACACCGGAAACCUCUCUGAGGCUCUGACCCUUCUUCAAGCAGACUCUCGCAAUGCCAUAUCCAGUUUACAACAAAAGAAAGACGCAAUGGGUGCCCUGUUGCAGGCCUGUGGCCGCCACAAAGACGUCGAAACCGGACGCAAAGUCCACGACUUGGUCUCGGCUUCGACCCAGUUCAGCAAUGACUUUGUUCUCAAUACCCGCAUCAUUACUAUGUAUUCCGUGUGUGGUUCUCCUUCAGAUUCUCGCUUGGUUUUUGAUGGGUUGAAGAGGAAGAACUUGUUCCAGUGGAAUGCACUUGUUAGUGGUUAUGCAAGAAACGAGCUUUAUGGUGAUGCAAUUGAUGUGUUUAUUGAGUUGAUUAGCGUCACGGUAUUUAAACCCGAUAAUUUUACGUUCCCUUGUCUUAUUAAGGCAUGUGGAGGCCUCUUGGACCUGGGUUUGGGGCAGGUCAUCCAUGGGAUGGCUGUGAAGAUGGGAUUGAUGUCAGAUGUCUUUGUGGGUAAUGCAUUGAUUGCAAUGUAUGGCAAAUGUGGGUCAAUUGAAGAUGCGGUUAGGGUGUUUGAUUUAAUGCCUGAAAGGAACUUGGUUUCCUGGAAUUCAAUGAUAUGCGGGUACUCAGAGAAUGGGUUUUCUCAAGAGUGUUACAGUUUGUUGAGGAAGAUUUUGGAGGGUGAGGAAAGUUUGGUACCGGAUGUUGCAACAUUGGUGACUAUAUUGCCGUUGUGUGCUGGGAAAGGAGAAGUAAAUAUGGGGAUGGUGAUUCAUGGUGUGGCAGUGAAAUUGGGGCUGAACCAGGAAUUGAUGGUGAAUAAUGCCUUGAUGGACAUGUACUCCAAAUGUGGGUACUUGGCUGAAGCUCAAGUCUUGUUUGAUAAGAAUGAUAAGAAAAAUGUGGUUUCUUGGAAUUCCAUCAUAGGAGGCUACUCUAGAGAAGGAGAUGUUUGUGGCACAUUUGAUCUUUUCAGAAAAAUGCAGAUGGAAGAGGAGAAAGUGAAGGUCAAUGAGGUUACCGUACUGAAUGUGUUACCAGCUUGUUUAGAGGAAUCAGAACUUUUGAGCUUGAAAAAACUUCAUGGUUACUCAUUCAGACAUGGGUUUCUAUAUGAUGAACUGGUCGCCAAUGCUUUUGUUGCAGCCUACGCAAAAUGCGGGUCACUUACUUUGGCUGAGCAGGUCUUUCAUGGCAUAGAGACGAAGACAGUGAGCUCCUGGAACGCAGUUAUUGGUGGUUAUGCCCAAAAUGGAGAUCCAAAAAAGGCUUUAGAUUUGUACCUUGAAAUGAAAUAUUCAGGCUUGGAUCCUGACUGGUUUAGCAUUGGGAGCCUCCUUUUAGCUUGCGCCCACCUGAAACUUCUUCAACAUGGCAGACAGAUUCAUGGAUUUGUGCUACGUGAUGGGUUAGAAACGGACUCAUUCAUUGGUAUUUCAUUACUAUCGUUUUACAUCCAGUGUGGUAAAUUAUCAUCCGCAAGAGUAUUAUUUGAUAGGAUGGAAGCUAAAAGUAGAGUGUCUUGGAAUGCAAUGAUCACUGGUUACACUCAGAGUGGACUUCCUGAUGAAGCCCUCAAUCUCUUUCGGCAAAUGUUGUCUGAUGAAACCCUACCUUGUGAAAUUGCCACAAUGAGCAUGUUUGAGGCAUGCUCUCAACUGUCUUCUUUGCGAUUGGGAAAAGAAUUACAUUGUUUUGCUUUGAAAGCUCGCCUCACAGAAGACCUGUUUGUUGGUUGUUCUCUCAUAGAUAUGUAUGCAAAAAGUGGCUGCAUAGAAGAAUCUCAUAGGGUCUUUGAUUGGUUAGUUAAGAAAGAUGUGCCAUCAUGGAAUGUUAUAAUUGCAGGAUAUGGAGUUCAUGGACAUGGAAGCAAGGCAUUAGAGCUAUUUGGAGAAAUGGUAAGUUUGGGGCAGAAGCCUGAUGGCUUUACGUUUAUUGGAGUUCUAACUGCAUGUAGCCAUGCUGGGUUGGUUAAGGAGGGGCUAAAAUAUUUCAACCAGAUGCAGAGCUUGUAUGGAAUUGAUCCAAAAUUAGAGCAUUACACAUGUGUGGUGGACAUGCUUGGUCGGGCUGGCCAAUUGGAGGAAGCUUUAAACCUCAUACAUGAGAUGCCUGAGGAGCCGGAUACCAGAAUGUGGAGCUCAUUGCUUAGUUCCUGUAGGCUUCACAAUAACUUGGAUAUGGGGCAGAAAAUUUCCGAAAAGUUAAUAGAAUUAGAGCCUGAAAAGGCAGAGAGUUAUGUGCUACUGUCAAACUUAUAUGCUGCAUCAGGGAAAUGGGAUGAUGUGAGACGGGUGUGGCGAAGGAUGAAGGAGAUGGGCCUUCAGAAAGACGCCGGGCACAGUUGGAUUGAAGUUGGAGGGCAAGUUUAUAGUUUUGUUGCUGGUGACACUUCCCUGCCAGAGUCAGGAGAGAUUAAGAAGAUGUGGAGCAUAUUAGAGGAAAAGAUAAGUAAAUUUGGAUAUAGACCCAACACAGGCUCUGUGCUUCAUGAACUGGAAGAGGAGGAGGAGAAGAUUGAAAUAUUGAGGGGACACAGUGAGAAGCUUGCCAUUUCAUUUGGAUUGUUGAAGAUGAGUAAAGGUGCAACAUUGAGAAUCUGCAAAAACCUGCGCAUUUGUGUAGAUUGUCACAAUGCUGCUAAGUUGAUAUCCAAGGUUGUUGAAAGAGAGAUAGUUGUGAGAGACAAUAAGCGCUUCCAUCAUUUCAAGCAUGGCCUUUGUUCUUGUGGAGAUUAUUGGUAAAUAAAUUUAAAAAAACCAAGCAAGUUUUCAGAGACUUUCAUUCAUUUGUACAUCAUGUAAUGUAAGUGAUAACCGAAAUGAUUUUUAUUUGUAAUAAUAAUCACAUUAUUCAUUAGUGGAAGUCAAAGUUGAGGGGUCAAA